GGCGCUGAGCUCUGGCAGGACCUCUGUAGCCUGACCAGCAUCCCAGCUGUGUGUUGUGUCACUGCCACUCUGGUGACACACUGCUCGGUGGCUAAAACCUAUUUUUAAUAGGGUGCUGCUGUGACUUUCUUUCCCCCUCAGUCGUUGGGAUUGUUGCAUCGAUGAUGCCGGGCUGUAGCUCAACUGGGUCAGCCAGUUCAGGAGCAGAUAUCCAAUUCCAGUUUGUGCUUCGUCAAGAUGUGUUUAUUGCCACAUGUAGAAUUUCUCGGUGUGCUGAAUUGGUACAACAUGACCUCAAAAACCAUCUCUGAGUCAAACCUUUGGCUUUGGGAGUAAUAGCACUUCUCCGUGAAGAGAGCAGAGCAGGUUCCGGCUGCGUCUAUCUACAGGGUCCCUGUACCUGCUGCACACAUGAGCAGAUGUGAUGGCUCAUGAGGUAAUUACCCACUGAGCCAGUGUGUCUGCAGCUAUAAGCUGAAGCAGGGGUUCCCUUCAGGUAGCUCUCCUGCUCAGGUCAGUGAACAGCUAAUGACAUUUGGAAGCAAUAGGAUGAAAGAAAUGGCAGUUGUUUGUAGUGCACGCCGCACUACCUUUGUCUUAUUGUGAGCCGUCUGUCUUAAUCUCCCAGCCACCCUUUUCACACCGCAAGGAGAUCAUGUUAUUAGAUCCCCUCCCCUGGCUCAUUUGUCAUCCUGCAGCACCACUCCUUCAGAGAAGGACUGCAGCAGCUGAGAGAAAGAAAACAAUAUAAACAGGCAGGAGGCCACAGCAUCAAAUGCUCAUCAUUUACUGGCCCACAGUCACUCGGACUAUCAUUAUAUUCUUCAGGAAUCACACUCGUUUAGUAUGCUUUGCCUUCCCUGUGCCACCCCACCCAAUUUCAACUGACAAACUUCAACCUCUCUCCUCUCUCUACCUCUAACGCAUUGUUUUGUAUUACAUUGUACCUGGUGCACUGCAUUCUGCUACAUAUACACUCAAUCAUCCCCGCCCCCGCUCUCACGAUCACUUGCUACAGUAAAAAAGUAUUGUUAGUGUUCACAGUUUGCUGUCACCGCCUCAGUCACAUCUCUUUAAUCUCUCUCUUUGAGCCGGGUUGGGUUUCAUGCUGCCGAGGCACACCGAAGGGAGGGAGUCGGAUAAUUACAAUAAAUAAAUAUGCUCAGAGCUGCCUAUGUAAGGUUCGCAUAGGUUAACAACUCUGCUAUAAAUGUUAAAUGAAGCUUAAAAUAGGAUAGUAUGGCAUACAGUUACCAUAGUGAUCUCAGCUGUGAUUCUUUGUGCACUCUCUUGGUUGACAAAGUUUUAAAUUCAUUUCAGACACGAAUCUGUGAUACAGAGAAGAAAUGAGUGAUUGUUUGGUGCCACAAGGGCCCGUUUGAUGUCUCUACUUUUGCUGCGACAAUGUGUUUGUCUGUGUCUCGUGUCAUUGUUUGUUGUAAUGGAAUCUAAUUCGGUUAAUGUUGCUCUGCAUUAGACACAUGGCAGUCACCCUUUAACAAUUCUCUUCAUGCCCAACGUCUCUUCUUUUUCUCUCCUUCUCCUCUGUUUCUCUCUGGCUUUCUCUUUCAACAGGUGGGACAGUCAAAAUGAUGCGUAGGAGGUGCAGCGCCGAGUCGUAUUGAUGGAUGUGUUAACAGACAGCAGUCUCACAUUGAUUGUGAAGACUUCAGAACCAGAAAAUGCAAAUAUGUUGGAGAACACAGGGGUAUGUGAGCAGGGUGGUGAUCUGAGUCUGUGCGGGCUCGUUGAUGCUGCUCUCCCUCCAACCUCACCACGUCCUGCUGCAGAGACUUCACAGCCGGCCUGCCCAACACACCAGACGACCACACCUACAUCGCCGCCCCUGCCCAUUGACACUGACCCCUCUCUGGGCCUGACAGUGGCCCCCUGCCCUUCCUCCGAUGAAUCUCCCACUGUAGUCUCCCAACUUCACCACACUCCCUCUCCCACCCCAGCUGUAAACUCCUGGGGCUCAGCGGGAGACACGCAGAAGAGUCCACUUCCGCUGCCCAUUGCCCUCCCUCUAUCAGCUACAAUGAUGGAGCCUGGCACUGUGUCUGUCCUGACAGAGGAGUGUCUUCUUCAGCCUUCCCGUACCUGCCUCGGCUGCUUCAUUGAAACCCGUGAUGCUACUGACCCCAAUUCCAUCCAGAACCCGCCUGAUGACCCUAAUGCCAACCCUGACACAGAGACGGGUCUAAGUGUGAGGAUCGGGGAUGUGAGCCGGGAGGACUUCUCUGACAUCAACAACAUCAGCAUCCAGUGCCUGAGCCAUGCAGGGGAGGCAGUGAGUCACUUUGGAGAACAGCUCCUCUCUGACCAGCUACUUAGCUUUCCUCUGCCGAAAGCCCCAGAUGAGAGCAAGAGAGUGGAUGGAAACAAAACAACAGAGGACUGUGAUGACCCAGAGGAUGAUGCAACUGCUAAGAACUUGUAUGAGGGACUGCUACUGGACAAAGUGAGCGGAGAGGAGGUUCUGUUGGCCAAUGCCGGCCAGGACUGGGGCUACUUUGAGUCCUUCAUCAGCGAGAGUAAGAUGGAACUGCUGGACCUUUGUUCUAAGAACGAACUGUCAGUCAACCUCUUCUCUGAGGAAGAUGUUGACAAUCUCUUUGAUGAUGAAGAUGAUGAUUCAACUUUAAGCAGUGAUGUCUGUUCGCUCAAGAUUCGCUAUGAGUCUUUCCAGGACAACAUGAGGGAAAAAACAAAUGUGCUCCAGGAGGAGACACAGUUCAACUUCUUCCCCAGUGUCCUGGCUAACUGUGCCAAGAAGGAGGAAGGAGUGGGAGUCUUGAGGAGGAGUACUGACGAGCUGCAGCCCAAAACUGAUGAGCUCAUCCUGGAGACCGGACAGGAAGAAAAGGCUGGGGACUGCAGUGGUAGGAGCCCCCUCGGUGGCUCCCAGGGCUCACCCAUGUCUACCCCCAAAAUCAAUUAUCUAAUGGACUUCAAUUCCACCGAGGAGUCAGGAGAAUUCAGUGAUGACAGCUCCUGCACUGGCUCAUCCUCAGACACCCUGCAGGAGGGCAAAUUUGUAAAGGGCCACUCAAAGAGAUUCCUUAGCCCCUCCAACCCUCUCAACUACGGCUUACGCUCCAAGAGAAAGGUUCGAUACAGCGAUGAUUACUUAUAUGACGUUGACUCGCUCGAGAGCGAGAAGAACGCAGAGAAAAAAGAAAAAGCUCCUGCUGGUCAGAAAGAGGAGGAGGAUGUGGACUGGUGCCCCAAAAAACGUCGGAAAUCCUGUCGUAAGGAGCCCCCCGUGGUCAUCAAGUACAUCAUCAUCAACAGGUUUAAAGGAGAGAGACUCAUGUCAGUGAAACUGGGCAAGUUAGACCCUGUGGAUGCUACUGUGAGCUUGAACGCGGACACUGUAGGCAAAUAUGAGACACUGGCUCCUCUGAAGGAUUUCUGGCAGGAGAGGCAAAGAGAGAGACAGGAACAACUUAAGCUGGCUGCCAGAGAUAAACAACAACGCGGUUUUCAUCUAAACGGACGCCAUCAUCGCCCUUUUAAUUCAAGUCAUCCCAAAAGGAAAUACAAGAUUGCAAACAGGCUUAAGGUUCAGAGGAUUCACGCUGUGGAACAAUCAGCAACAGCACAGGGCUCCCUUCUCUCUGAUCGGGGCCAGGGAGGUGUCACUAAAGAGGAGGCCACCCCCAUGGUAGGGGGAAUAAUAGCAGCUCCCGGCCUCCCAGUCACAUUAGACACAAGCUCCAUCACGCACACAGUCACAGCCAAGAGCCGCUCCCAGGAGAGGGAGGAGAGGGAGGGAAGGAGAUUGGGAGGAAAUAAAACAGUAAGGAUAAGGAAAUUCAAAAGCGAAGCAAGGCUGAGGAGCAAGAAAACGAAAGAGGCAGAAGGAGAGGAGGGGAGGAGUGUGACAAAUGAAACGGAUGCCUGUGUUGCUGCGGUACAUAUUGAGGACCCUACUGCUGGGUUAGAAGAGUCAGGCGUUAGCUCAACUGCAGUCAAACCCCAUUUUGCUGACAAUACCACCACAACUCACUCAUCUGGGGAGAAAUUCCCCUUUGCUUCGUCCACCUGCUCGCCCGACAAAGCUCCCUCCUCAGAGGAGGUGGAGGCGGGUGUCCCUGUCAUCCCGGGGGGCUACCUGCAGACCCUGUUAGAUGCUACAGACUCUUCUGGUGGAGCAGCUAUCUCAUAUUUCCCCCCGCAGCCAUCUAGGCAGCCGUAUCCUCUGGGGCUAUCCCUAGAGGAGAAACAGUUUUCUUCUCUGCAGCUCGCCCAGAGCUGCGUGCUCUCACCUCCCUCUGAGUCCGAGCUCCAGCAGUCUCCCCAGAAUUGCCCCAACUUCCCCCAGAUGUGGCAACCGCCGCUCUGCGCAAGUCACAGCCAGAGCUUUGGGCCGGAGACCCCUGAGACUCCCAUCUUACCCAACAACUUCCCAGGUGCUGUGCCCCUGAAUGACAACCUGCCAGUGUCUAACUACAGCCAGCUGAGCCCGGAGGCUGACAGGCUGCUUUAUGACAAGAGCUACCUGAGUGAGGCUGGGCUGCAGCCUGGGGCAGAUCUGCAAGUGUGUCAGUCGGCCUGUGUGGACGGCCAGGUGCAAUACCAGAGAGGGUCCUUGUGCACAGACAAUGGCAGGCUCAUCAGCUAUGACUCAGUGGGCUCUCUGUCAGCCUCCUCCAGCAAUUACAGCUCCCUCAGCCUCAAGUCUUGUGAGCGAGAGGGUGAGGAGGAGGGCCGAGACAGCUUCUUAGCUCAUUGCAGUCCAAAAGUGGUGAUUCAGCAGAGUGUUGAUGCCCUUACCCCUCUCAGGGAGUCCUCAGACCUGCUGGAUAUCUCCAACUUUACUCCUGACAAGUUUAGACACUCGUCGCUGUCAGAGCUUUCCCCUCCAGAAACCCCCAACCUGUCCCCACAGGUGGUGGGGCGUGAGAUGAAGAUUGCAGGAAAUGUUGGAGAAUACCAGGAUGUGAAUGAUAUUACUCUGGACUGCAAUAGGGAAGUAAAGUGGAACUGUGAUGUUAUGCAGCAACAAGAGCACACAGCAAAUGCUUACACAGUGGAAGACAGCCAGUUUCCACUGCACAACUUCAACAAUCAGGAUGUGUUAUGUUUAGAUAAAAAGGAGCUGGGAGUUACAGAAUUUGAUGAACAGACUGGUGAGAUUAUGGCUGGUGCGAAAAGCAUUAAGUCAAAGAGGAAAGGCAAUUGCAAACAGACAGCUGCAGGACAGAGCCCAAAGAAAGUACGGGCUCCCAGAGCUCCAAAGUCAGAAAAGGUCAAGACCCCCAAACAGAACUCGCGUUCCACAAAAAAGAUAAAGGCCAUGUUAGAGGGUAAGGCAGCAAAGAACCAGGCAGGUGGUUGUGGCACAGGCCUGACUGACUGUAGCAGCACUGGGGACUGGUCUGGCACCAGCUGGUCAGAGAGCAACAAUCUGGUAGGGGAUGACCAGAGAGAAUUUGAGGAGCCCUCCAAUAUCCUGUCUAACAUUGUUUCUGGCAUGGCUGAGGUCCAAAGGUUCAUGAUGGCCUCCAUUGAGCCCCUGUGGAAUCCCAUGUCGGAGGCCUGUAUGCCCUCUGAGGCCAAUAACCUCAACUUAAAGACCCUCAAAAUCUUGGCAGGCACAGAGGCUGAUCUGAAGAAAAAAGGAGCCGCGCUAACGGGGGCUGGGAGAGGCAGAAAGGCUGGGGGGAAGGGAGGAAAAAACCAGGCCAAAUUCAACCCCUCUCAUCCCUUAUUCCCUCAGCUCGCACUUGGCUGUAACAUGUUUGAUAAACCCAACUUUAUUAACCCCGGGCCUGCACACAAAAAGCUGUACCGCCACAAGACCAGUGCAAAGUUCCCUCGGAUUGAGACACUGAAGGGGAAGCGAGGUGAGAGAGACCCAAAUAAGGACAUAGCACUGAUGACCUCUUUUGAGAAACUGAGAAUAUGGAUGUCCUGUUGUUGCUGUCCUUCAUACACUGCCUGGCUCAUUUCAAGAGGGAAACCUUCAAGUAAUGAGCCCUAUUAAGCCCAAGACAUCUUGAAAACACAAGAUGGGACCAUUUUGUAUUGACGACAUAUCAGACAUUGUUUUGUUUUUUUCAUGAAAGUUGGAAUGACUCCCUAUUUUCUUUUUUUAAGCAUUUCUUUUUCUUCUGGAGUUUAGAGGAACUGAUUAUCUAAAUUUACAUUUUUACGCCUUGCAAAUUCAUAAAGCUCCACCCUCAGAGUAUUUUUGUCAAUGUUGUUGUACAGGGACAUGCAAUAUUUGCAAAAAAAAAAAGAAGAUGAUUAUAAUCUUAAAAUCAAUGUGCCAAAAGUAACAAUGCUGUGUAAAUGACCUCUUAUAUAUGUGUGAAUAUUGGCUGUUCCUCUUUUCUAUCCAUUGGAAUAUUGGCUUCUCGGUAUGGAGACUACUUACAGAGACUUGCCACUACAGGAAUUCUUUAUUUGGGACUUUUCUCUCUCCUCCGAUGAAAGGCACCAACAGCUGGCAGUGGUACACCACCACUCACUAAACCAAAUCAGAGAGACUCUGAAUUCUCCUCGUUUCCCCCACUUUGUUUGCCAAAUUCAAUUUACCUCAACAUCGCCUGGCACUGAAAAGCAACAAAAGAGAGGCAAAGGGGAGAUGUGCUCUGAAGGCUACUGUAGAGGAAGAAGAUGAAAAAAGAGAUGUUCAAAUGAGCUUUCUCUGGACCAAGGAGAGUGUAGUGCAGAUGUUUGAGGGUAAGCAAGGAAAUUAUUUGUCUUUUGUCAGAGGCUGUGCCUCACUGAAUAGCAGUUUUGUACUGGAAAUUCAAGGUGGUUUAUUACUCAUUGAGAUUCUAAUGCACACAUCAGUCCUGAAUGGAUAUAACAUUUUUGCAGUUAGAUUUAAUGUGAAUGUGAAAGCAGUUUUCAGUACAAAUGGAAUCAGUAAUCUUGUUAAUGAAGAAAGCAUGUCUUUGCAUUAGUUCCAUGUGGGAAUCUUACUUCUAUCUUACCUGAAAUGGUAAUGUAAACAGUAAUUAUUCUUGACAUUCUCAUGUACUUUAUUUCUUAAAACACUGCCAAUAAGUUGCUCCACUGGUGAAUUCAAUCUCUGAUUAUUUUUGGAAAAUUUUUCACAUACUGUUUAAAUUUAACUUCCUUGUUAUAACAUACUUUUCUUUCAUGUAUUGUCUUUAAUUAUAAUCUCAGUUUUGAAAUGGUCAGUAUUUUGUAAGAAAAUAUUGUCAAAACCAAGGCCAAAUAGGACACAAAUUGGCAAAAACAGAUGUAUUGGUACAAUCUGAUCCAUUGUAUUCCCAGGCUAUUUAUAUUAAUUACUUUGGGGUCAUUCACCUCUGCGCUGCCCUGAAAUUAAUCCACUUUAAAAUGGACCUUACAAUCAUGUUUAAUCCGCUCUGAAAUUGCUUUUUUUUUAUAUAAUAGGUAAAUGUUAAGAGAAAUGCAGAGCUCCUUCAACUGUUUUUUACAAAUAAAUACUCAAAGAAUAAGCCUAUAAUUUAUCUUUGAACAUAUGAACAUCUUUGAACAUAAAAUGUUAAUUUUAAAACAAAGCAGUAGAACAUGAGACUGUUUGAAGAUGUGCAGACAAAUUAAAGCUUGAUUUAAAAAUGGGCCUUGUCACACUGGAUAUGCACAGGUGAUAGUAAUUGAUUGCUUGCAUAUGGCAAGAUUCAUAAUCAAUCUUUCUCUGUCUCUUCUCUCUCUCCUCUGCCAUGACCCUUUGUUUCUUUUCUCCAGUGUAUCAGGGUUAGGACCAAGACAAGCUGCUGAUGGGAAGAUUCGCAUGGGCUGUAAGCCCAAUUAGUCUGCCUUCUCUCAUUUCUGCCUAUUGUCAAAUUGAAUGUACUUCUCUGAGUUCAUAGUUUUUCUUUUUAAAAAUGUGCCACUGUUGAGCUGCCUCAUGUUAAUGGUGCUAAGAAAGCUGACAAUUCUUCUUUUUUUCUGUCCUUUUCUUUUCUUUCUUUUUUCUUUCUUUUUGUCUUUGGUUGUCUUGUUUUCCCAGAGUUAACAAAAAAGAAAUGCAAAAUAGAUUAGGAACCUAAACCCUCUUUAUGAAUGUAUAUUAUAAUGUUAUGUUUGAUGUAUUCACUUCAUGAUUUUUUGACAAUGAUUGGAAUUACUUUUGCUCUUUUCAUUAAAAGAUUACCGAGCUUUAUAUAUACUGUCUAGAGUUGUUACCAGAAGGAAUCUUAAUGAACUCUUGACACUACAAAAUCUUGUAUAUUUUUUGUGUGCCAAUUUGUAACAUAUUUUGUAAGUGUAUAUUUUUCUUAGAAAGUGCUGUGAAGUAUUUGUGUGUGUGAGUAACCUUUUAUGCGCCUCUAUGGGCAGUGGAAAGGAUAUACAAUGACAAGUUUCUGGUUUUAAAAACCAAAAUAUGAAAGUAUCAACAGAAAACUAGAAAUAUUUACAUUUUGUUGGGAGUUUUGUAAUAAGACCAUGAUCUUGUUGUGAGAGUGUUGUGUUACUGUGCAAAACACAAAUAAGCAAAGAAAAACAUAUGAAAACUAGAAAAAAAAUAUAAUUUGUGAACAAUUUGCUGUUUUAUAGAUUUUCAUGUAAAUUAUUUGAGUAUUAUUUUGUUUUUUUGUUUUGUUGUAACUGUUGCAAAGGUUUUAAAUAUUUGUGAUCAAGCCUGUAUGGUGAUAAUGUAAUAUUGGUAACUUGCUGAGUUUUGUAAUAAUGUUUAUGGAGUAAAUAUACAAAUUAAAAUACGAUUUUGAAUGCUGCUUUCUGAA